CUCCCCCUCUCUUUUGUUUCUUAACUAGUCGAGCUCCUUUCUUCCUCCCCUGCUACAGAAACCCUAACCAUGGCUUGAGAUUGUAACCUCCCCUCUCUCUCCUCUCCUCCCCUCUCGUCUCUCUAUCUUGCUCUCCACCCGCAUCUUCUCUGUCGUGAUAGAGCUCUCCAUGUUACUGGGUUCGAGCUGAGAGACUUCUCAUUGAGGAUUUCGUUCCCGGUCGGAAUCUUCCUUUUGGAGUUUCAGGUGCCUGCUAGGUUGCUUUUGUUUCCAGCUGAAAUUGGGGAAGACAGCAACAGUUCGAAGGUCUCAGUCUGAAGGCCUGCAGAGAACUCUCAGUAUGCGGAGGACUUGACGCAACCUUUUCAAUUAUUGAGGUGAGCUGCAGGAAAUAUUGGUUCGAAUCCUUGAGGACAAAGGGAUGUGCACUCUCUUCUUUUGGAUAGAAGAGAUCUUUUUCCUGACUCAAUCCAUCGCCAUUGUUGGUCUCUUUGAGUCCAGUUGAUGAGGAUUGCUCAAAUGAGCAAUAAUAGGCCCGGUGCUAAAGGGCUGGCAGAACAAAACUACCACAAAAAAGAUGAGAACAAGGAUACAAGGGGUGGGGUAACCGGUGAAGGUCAGGAUCUGUCAGAGGAAGAUGAGCGGCGAAUUCAUGAGUAUAUAGAAGGCACUUCAGAUGGACAGAUGGCAAUCCAGGUGCAGGACUGUGCCCCUACACAAGCUCUUAUGCCCAGGUCGCAGCCACAGCCUAAAGAGUCUGUGGUUCGCUGGGAGAGGUUUCUACCAGUACGCUCUUUAAAGGUUUUGCUGGUGGAAAGUGAUGACUCAACCCGUCAUGUUGUCAGUGCGUUACUCCGGAACUGUGGGUAUGAAGUUACCAAUGCAGCAAAUGGUUGGCAGGCAUGGAAAAUCUUGGAAGAUAUUACCAAUCACAUUGAUCUUGUCUUGACUGAGGUAUCAGUGCCUCUUCUGUCGGGCGUAGCACUUUUGUCCAAGAUAAUGAGACACAAAACUCUCAAGAACAUUCCCGUGAUUAUGAUGUCAUCGCAUGAUACAAUGGGUAUAGUCUUUAAGUGUUUAUCAAAGGGUGCGGUUGACUUUUUAGUGAAGCCUAUACGAAAGAAUGAGCUUAAAAAUCUUUGGCAGCAUGUUUGGAGGAAAUGCCACAGCCAGUCAAGUGGUAGUGGAAGCGAAAGCGGUAUACAGACUCAAAAAUCCAAUAAACUGAAAAGUGGCAAGUCCGACAACAACAGCGGCAGCAAUGAUGAGGAUGACAUUGAAAGCGUUGGUUUGAAUGCUAGGGAUGGAAGUGAUAAUGGAAGUGGUACUCAGAGUUCCUGGACAAAGAGGGCUAUUGAAAUUGACAGUCCCCAGAGGAUGUCCACAUGGGACCAGUUGGCCGAUCCACCUGAUAGCACCUGUGCCCAGGUUAUUCAUUUGAGGCCCGAGGCCUUCAGCAGCAACUGGGUGCCAGUUAAUGCCACAAGGGAUUUCGAAGGGCAGGAUGCUGAGAUUGAUAAUGAUGUUAUGGGAAAAGACUUGGAGAUAGGAGUACCUGGAAAUGCAAAUCCCCAGACCGAAGAACCAACGAAAGAGAUUCUCGCGACAAGCUAUAAUCCUGACAAGGACUCCGAAAUUGACUGCAAAAGGAAUGAAGAUCAAUUAAAUCUGAAAAGCGAGAAAACACAGAGCGAAUCACAGAAUAAAGCUGUUGACCUGCUAGGAUCCAUUGCUAUCAACACUGAUCCUCAGAUAGAAAUCUUAGAUUUUAACAAUGCUGGUGGCCUGUCCAAAGCUCCCGAUGGGAAAGACAAGACUAUGUAUGAUGACAAGGAAAUGCCCUGUCUUGACCUCAGCUUGAAGAGGACUAGAGAUGUUCAAGACAUCGAGAAAAGUGACCAUGACUGGAACAUCUUGAGGCAUUCAGACCUCUCAGCCUUUUCAAAGUACAGUUCUGCCCCACCAAGCAAUCAAGCUCCUACAGCAAUUGUAGGAAGCUGUUCUCCUGUUGCCAACAGCUCUGAAGCAGCAAAAACAGAGUCUGUACAGAACCUGCAGUCCAAUUCCAACAGUCCGCCCCCGAAUCAGGGUUCAAAUGGAGGCUCCAAUGGAAGCGGCAACAACAAUGAUAUGGGUUCCACCACUAAUGAUGCUGUCAAAGGUCACCAUCCUUCCUCUGCCUUCCAACCAGUAGAUAGUAGCAGAAAAUUUACCCCACACCCUGCUGCCCAAGGUGGUAACAAAGUAGAUGUGGCGACCAGUAGAAUGACUCCCGGACAAUCUCGCGAUGCAAACCAGCAUGUCCUAUCUCAUAGUAACCACCAUCACCACCAUUACCAUAUGAUAAGUGAUAAUGAUGACACAUCGAAUGCUACUAGUCUACAAUGUGGGUCCUCCAACGUGUUGGUCGAGGGCCAUGCUGCCAAUCACAGCUUAAACGGGAGUGACUCGGGGAGUAAUCAUGCAAGCAACAAUGGGUGGAAUGGGAGUAGCACUCCUUCAAAUACUCAGGAAAUCGAUCCCAAUGGGAAUAACAAGAUGGCUGCGAACUGUGGGGCUGGUAUGGGGAUUGGGCGCAUGGAUAGAAAUAUAACUGAUCAGAAUCGUAAUGCACAGAGAGAGGCUGCUCUAAACAAGUUUCGCCAGAAGAGGAAAGAGAGAUGCUUUGAGAAGAAGGUCCGAUACUACAGCAGAAAGAAACUGGCGGAGCAGAGGCCCCGCAUACGAGGCCAAUUUGUGCGACAGAAUGCAAACAAGGUGAAGGACCCAAGUUGACGACAAGACAAUGGCCCAGGUCAUAGCUAAAUGCAGUAUUCUCGUAAUUUUGGGAAUCGCAGGAGUUGGUGGAGAAGGGAGGCAGUGGGGCUCCGCCUUGGGUCUUUACUACAAUCACAAACAUGGUAAUAAUUAUUCGACGAGAGAUUUAGUAAAAGGACAGCUGAAGACUGUAUCGCUUAUUUACUUUACUGCACUCAUGUGGCUACUAUUACUAGACUGCUGCUAUCCUUCGUCAUAUGUGAUGAAUAACUAUCGGAAAGAUGUGUGGUGUUUGUUAUUCAAAGACUUCAUUCGUGAGUGUAUGUCUGUUUCUUCA